AUGAUGAAGAAGGGGAAGUGGUCCAAGGAAGAGGAUGCCUUGAUCAAGAACCACAUUGAGAAGUAUGGCGUUGGCCGCAGUUGGCAGGCAUUGUCCAACACUUUAGGGCUGCGGCGGUGCGGCCGGAGCUGCCGUUCCCGGUGGCUGAACUACCUCCGCUCGGGCCUGAAGCACGGAAAUUUCACGCCGGCGGAGGAGAGGAUCAUCUGCGACAUGUACAGCAAGAUGGGGAGCUGCUGGUCCGUCAUCGCUGCCCAGCUCCCCGGGAGGACAGACCUCGCUAUCAAGAACUACUGGAACAGCUCGCUCAAGAAGAAGUUCCCGGCGGCGAGAACAUCCGCGGCCGCGGCCUACCGCUGCCGGAACCGCCCGGCCUGCAGCACGUCAUCCGACGCCGGGACGCCGGCGCGGGACCUGCAGCUGGUUUCCUACAGCAGCGAGGACUCCACGGCAGGGCCCAGCCCUGCCAAGCCCGUCUUGACCGGCCUUACGCCUGUGCAAGCAGUGCAGCCGCCGGUCCCGGUCGUUGCCGCUCAGCCGAUCCCGGCGGUCCCGGUUAGCGGACCGGUGAAGAUCGAGCAGACGCCGCCGCCGCCGCCACCACGGGCCUGUGAUCAGACCGGCGAGAGUGUCAUGGAUAUCGUCUGCGCUCCCAUGUCUCCUGUUCCUCUGAGCAUCAUGGAACCGGAUGAACUGGCCUGCAUCUACCAGUUCGACGACAUUGAUAGCUUCUUGCCGUGGUUUGAUCAUCACUAA